UUUAUAUUAUUUUCUAAUUAAAAUGCCCCCAGGGAAGCAUAAAUCAAAACUAAAAGCUGCCAGAGCUUAUGAUCUGGUCCCGUAUCAACCAAUUCCUCUUUUCCUUUCUAGGUAAUUCUUUCUUAUUCUCUUCAUUCUAGAUAAGCUUCUCGUGUUGAAGGAUAAGCCAAUAUGCCCAAUUUAUAAUUCACUACUUAAAUUUCAAGGUAUCAUAUAUUAUUUCUAUUUCUAGAUAAGCUUCAUAUAUUCAACACUAAGAUCCUACUGAAUUUAUGGACAUUCAAUUUAAUACUAAGAAAUUUAAUGUUACACUCUUGGUUUAAUAAGAAAAUAAAAUUUAUAACCUAGAAGAAAUCAAUUGCAAACUCACUGAGGAUCAUAAAAUUUGGAUCUACGAUCUAAUCAAAACACUUAAAGAAAUGUAAAUUGAUCCUUUAGAACAUUUUCAAAAUAGCACUAUUUAAAUCUUAAAUGAAGAAGAAACAUCAAAUCUAGGUAUUUCUUUCUUUUUUAUGAGUUAAUCACUCACUCUAUACACCAAAUUUACCUGUUUAUGAAAACCUUGGUGUUGAUCCUUUAAAUUUCGAUACUUUUUUCAAAGUCAAUGAAGAUUAAACCAAGUUGUAAUUGAAACUUAGACCUUCCAAAAUCAGUUUACUUGAUACCAUUCUUGAAUAAUAACCAAAUGAAGAGACCAAUUCUAAAAAGAAUUAAAAAACUAAACAAAGAACUCUCUCACAAGUUGUUGAAAGAGUAAAACUAUUUUCUAAAAUAGGUUGCACUUUGGAGAAGACUUUAUACUGGCUUUUAUGAUUAAAACAAAACAUUUAUCUAGAUGUCUUUAGAUAAAGCUGCAGAAAAAGUUGGCAUUUCUAAAAAAACAUUAGAUGAUUAUCUAUUAUAAAUUCGAUAUGGAAAACGAUAUGGCUUUGACUUUAAGAAAAAUAGCAAUGAGGGCAUUAGCAAAUUGAGAUAAUUUGUAAAAUCAAAAAAAGAAAAUAAAAAAAAUGAUACAUGAAAAAAAAUAUUAAGCACAUACAUCCACU